UAUAGCGGCGGGGGACGACUUAGGAAGUCCGGCAGUCGGCAACGUUCGGCGGUUUUCGUGCAGGCCAGGCCGCCAUUUUCUUACAUCCUCCCCGUGCGCGUUGCCUGCGUGGCUGUCUGUCCCGGUUAUCCGCGCUUUGUUCUGCUCGGCCAUGGACGGCAUUGUCACUGAUGUUGCAGUUGGUGUGAAGAGAGGAUCUGACGAACUUCUUUCAGGCAGUGUACUCAAUAGCCCGAACUCUAACAUGAGCAGCAUGGUAGUUACUGCCAAUGGUAAUGACAACAAGAAAUUCAAAAGUGAUGAUAAAAUGGAUGGGGCUCCUUCUCGUGUUCUUCAUAUCAGGAAAUUGCCUGGGGAAGUGACAGAGACAGAAGUUAUUGCUUUAGGUUUACCUUUUGGUAAGGUAACCAACAUCCUGAUGCUAAAAGGGAAAAAUCAGGCCUUUCUGGAACUUGCUACAGAAGAGGCAGCUAUCACUAUGGUCAAUUACUACUCUGCAGUCACACCUCAUCUUCGUAACCAACCUAUCUAUAUCCAGUAUUCCAAUCAUAAGGAACUAAAGACUGAUAACACACUUAACCAGUAUGAGGAGUAUCAUCGGGCUCAGGCUGUUCUUCAAGCAGUGACGGCUGUGCAGGCAACGAACGCUCCCAUCAGCGGGACCACUGUUAGUGAGAGUGCAGUGACUCCAGCUCAGAGUCCAGUCCUUAGAAUAAUUAUUGACAAUAUGUACUAUCCAGUAACCCUGGAUGUUCUUCAUCAGAUAUUCUCCAAAUUUGGUGCUGUAUUGAAGAUAAUCACAUUCACAAAGAAUAACCAGUUCCAAGCUUUACUGCAGUAUGGAGAUCCAGUUAAUGCACAGCAAGCAAAACUAGCCUUAGAUGGUCAAAAUAUUUACAAUGCCUGCUGCACCCUGCGGAUUGACUUUUCCAAACUGGUGAAUUUGAAUGUCAAGUACAACAACGACAAAAGCAGGGACUACACUCGGCCUGAUCUUCCCUCGGGUGACGGACAGCCAGCGCUGGACCCAGCUAUUGCUGCAGCGUUUGCAAAGGAGACCUCUCUUCUAGGGCUUCCUGUUGCAGCUGUUCCAGGAGCUCUGAGUCCUUUGGCUAUUCCAAACGCUGCUGCCGCUGCUGCAGCUGCUGCUGCCGGCCGUGUGGGAAUGCCUGGAGUUUCAGCUGGUGGCAAUACUGUCCUCCUGGUUAGCAAUUUAAAUGAAGAGAUGGUUACGCCCCAAAGUCUGUUUACCCUCUUCGGUGUUUAUGGUGAUGUGCAGCGUGUGAAGAUUUUGUACAAUAAGAAAGACAGUGCUCUUAUACAGAUGGCUGAUGGAAACCAGUCACAGCUGGCCAUGAGCCAUCUGAACGGACAAAAAAUGUACGGGAAGAUUAUUCGGGUUACCCUUUCUAAGCACCAGACAGUACAACUACCUCGGGAGGGGCUUGACGACCAAGGCCUGACAAAAGAUUUUGGUAACUCGCCUCUGCAUCGCUUCAAAAAGCCAGGCUCAAAAAACUUUCAGAACAUAUUCCCUCCUUCUGCAACGCUGCACCUCUCCAAUAUUCCACCGUCGGUAGCAGAAGAGGAUCUCCGCACACUGUUUGCUAACACUGGAGGCACUGUGAAAGCAUUUAAAUUUUUUCAAAGAGAUCACAAGAUGGCUCUUCUUCAGAUGUCAACAGUGGAAGAAGCCAUUCAGGCUUUGAUUGAUCUUCACAAUUACAAUCUGGGAGAAAAUCACCAUCUGAGAGUUUCUUUCUCUAAGUCGACUAUUUAAAAAGGCGGAUUGAACAGGAGGGUUUAUUGCAUUGUUUGGUGUUGUCACCUAUUGACUGUUCAGGAAAGUGGGGACCAGAGUUUGUCUUCUGUUGGGGUU